AUGGACAGACAAAGACAGCUUUUGAUCUACACUGAUUUCAUUGAGCUUAAUGACACUAAAGACCCCAACUGUGUCAAUCACUCAAACAACAGCGCUGACUGGCUUAAAAAGUACUUUGGGCUGUUUGUUGGUUUUGCGCCCCUAGAAGAACUCAAACGACUGCAUGGAAACUUCUCAGUGGUUGAUGGAUGUCCUGCCUAUGCUGAGCCCCAGGCAGCUGGGGGAGGUGGCCUCUACCCCUGGUCAGCUCAGAAACCUUGGAGAUGUCCACAUGAUACUGAUUCAUGUGAUCCCAGAGAUCUGGACGAGUUCUUUGACAUCGUUUCUCCAGCUGUUGAGGGUCUUCACCUUCCGGUGGAUGUGCGUCAGGUGCUGCUCCAGCAGGUGUUUGACAAUGCCAACCUAUCAGAUCCCUCCAUCAAAGACCCUGAGGUGCUGGUGUGGUUGGGCCAGAGACUCCGCCCACUUUUACCAAAUCUAACAGAGGAGCAUGUGGCCCCCCUCUUCAACAUCAUCAGACACAGACACUGCAACACCAGCCAAGAAACUGUGUAUCUACUGGGAUCCAAGCUCACUUUCAAUGGCUCAGCCAUAACUCAAGAUGAUGCGUACAGCACCAUAAAGACCUACCUCAACACAGGAAGUUCAGCAGCACCCAAGUGUUAUAGUCCCUCUGACCCAAAUCUCAACUCCACCGCCUGGUUCCUUAACUACAUUGGUGUGUUCAUCACCUUUGUGACCAUUGAAGACUUCAACACAUUUGGCUCAGAGUCAACGCUAAAACUAUUUGCCGUGAACCCAGUCAACAUUGAGUUGUUCAAUUUCGCUGGAGCUCCUCAAAAUCUGACUAAACGCUUUACUGAGCUUAUCUUCCUGCAGAACUCCAACUUCCUCCCACUGCAGCUUCCACCACACUUACAAUGUUUUGUCACAGCUUCAGCUUACUCUAAGCUCAAUGAGUCAGCGAGUGUGGUUGUCCGGGGCAACCUGAACCAAUCCUGUACUAACGUGGACUCAGGGAUUACUUCCGCACUGGCAUUCGUCUGGGAUCCAAGUCCGGGAUCAAUCACGGCCCUGGGCCCGCAGAUAAACAAUACUGACAGUCUAAUAAACCUGGGCUCUUUAGUGGGAGGUCUUCCAACCCAAACACUCACCACAAUACCCGAGCAGCAGGUUCUGACAACAUCUGCCUACCCAACAUUUGUUACCAACAUGCUGACUGCUCCAACAAUUGUGCAGCAGAUCUAUGUUAAUAAGAUCAUCACAGUCAACAUGAAACCAACGGAACUGAUAGUCAAUGUCCCAGAUGAAAUGGCAACUGACAUUCCCAGCAAUCUACUGAAUUUCCCAACAACGGGAAAUCAAACUCACUGCUCUGAACAUCAACAAGAAAAAAUGGAAACCUCAGCAGUAGCAAAUGGAUUGGAUGAGCCUCAUGAACUUUCACCAAAACAAGAAUUAAACCUCUCAUCAGAGCUUGCAGACGUAGGGCCGGUCGAAGAAAGGUGGUUCUCAAGGAGACACCGGUGAAAGUCCUCAAGAUUUUGACAACUAUCCAUCAGAUAUGUUGCUGUAUUACAGCUACACCAACAUGCAACAGACCGACUGCAGAUCCUACUUCAUUGAAACAGGACGAGCAGACUUCUCCGCCCUGUCCAGCACGUUGGAUGGAAGAAAGGUUGAUCUACUGAACAAUGCCAAAAAGUGCCUGAACAUCAAAGGGACACAGCUCAGUCGAGAUAAUGUCGAGGUCCUGGGCAACAUGGCAUGUGCUCUGGAUGAGGACUACAUUCAGAGCGCUGACUCUUACAUCCUGGAGAAACUAAAGAACUGCAAUGACUUCUCCGAUCAGCAGAUUACAGCUAUGGAGACUGUUAUCUGCAGUGGCAACACCACAUAUGGAAACCCAAGCACAUGGACUGAAAAAACUAGAGCAGCUUGACAUUCUUCCACUGUACUUGACAGAGAACUUCUGGAAACACAUAAGCACGGCGUACCCCAAAGGCCUCUCAGACCAGCCGGUUCAGGUGCUUGGGUCAGUGUCUCGCGUGGCUUCCAUGGAGCAGAUUAACAAGUGGAACAUCACUACAGUGGACACACUAGCAGCACUGAUGGACAAUGGCAAUGGAGAAUGGGACUCCGACAAAUUAGGGAUAUUUAUCUUUACACCAACAAUGUCUUUAAAUGGUGUUAAAAAAACAACAUGAUGAACAUUUUGCUUCUAAAAGGUGUGCAUUUGGUAGAUUUGAAUGAGUUGGCUUUUUGAUUUAAAUGUAUAUUUCAUCUUCCUUUCUCAAUUUCAGGCCAAAGUUAUUGUCACCAAGUUCUUAAGUGCUGGCAAUUCGCUUGGAGCCUCUGAAUUGAAUUCAAUUGGAGGGCCUAACCUGUGCGCACUGGACCUCAGUGUGUUGCAAGGCAUCAGAAAUGACAGUCUCUGAGAUGCAGAUGCUCUGGAAAUCACUAGCUGUUCCUCAGCACAUAAGAAGGUCUUCUUUGCAGUAGCUGAGAUCGCCUUUCCUAUCAACUUCAUCCAAACCUGCGCCACUGCAGAUCAGCUAACAUCCUACCAGACAUACCUGGGAGGUGCCAUUAUCACCUACAUACGGAGUCUGUCUAGGGUGAAUAUUAGCAUGGACAUCAACACUUUUAUUUGUUUGGAUUCAGCUGCUGUCCAGGCUCGUAGUGUGAGUGAAGUGUCUGGACUCCUCGGCUCCAACCUAAAUUUACUGAAAACCUUUGAGAAUACCACUGUAAUGCAGAACUGGGUGUCAAAGCAGUUACAGUUUGAGCUUGACAAGCUGGGUAUCAGUCUGACCGGAGGAAGGGUGGAAUCAAACACCACCCCCAUGACAACAAAUACUGCCACCACCAUCAAAAAUACAACUUCCAGCCAGAGCAGAGGCACAUAUCCAGCUCCUCUGCUUUUCCUGUUUGGUCUCUUGUUCAUUGCAGUGCAAAUGUAGAUUCUAAUAUUGCAAGAGAAGCAUUAUAAUUUAGACCAGGUUGCAUAAUUAUCAUAUCACGUCUUAAUAUUACAUCUAUUUUUGUAAUCUAUUUUUAAAGAAGACAUUAAAGCUGACAUUAUAUUUGACAGCCAAAUGAGUGCAGUAUGCAAUAAAUAUCCCAUAUAAUAUAUAGUGUUUUAUGAACUCCAUUGCUCCAAUUGUAUUUUCUAUUGGUUAAUCAUUCAUAUUAAUGUAACUACUGUAGGUUAUUUAUCAACUACUACAUUUAAAUAUAUAUAUAAUUUUUUGUUUAUUUAAUUUUGUAUGUUGGGAAUGGGAAAGAAAUACAGAUUAAUAUGAGGGUGUUCUGUUGUGGGUUUUACUAAGAAGGGCCACUUUAAUCUGCCAGAAAUGCUUUUCUCAAAGAAAGGGGGAAAGAUGUGACUUUUCAAUUAAAAUGAAAAAGCGUCCAAUUUGAUUUUCUAGUUUUAUAUUUGCUCGUCAAUGUUAUUAUUAUUUACGGAACAUGGUUUUACUUUGUUCAGUUGAAGGUUCACAAUAGUGAUA